AUGACCGAUAACACCACAGCGCCACGUGUCGCGCCCAUGACCUACAACGCGCGGGGCAACCCGACGCAUACCUGGACCAUGACCCCCAGCCACAUUACCGACCCGGUGAUUUGCUAUUUGCCGCCGGACGGGGUGCUGCCGGUGAUAUUUGUGCCGGGGAUUAUGGGGUCGAAUCUUAAGUCGGUGCCCCAGAUGAUGCAGAGAAAGAGAGCCUGCCCGUCUGGCGACUCGAUGCGGGAU